GUGUGUGUGUGUGUGUGUGUGGCAGUCAGUUUUUUUUUUUUUUCUUUUUUUGAGGAAGUCAAGAUAAACUGAAGAAAAUGGACGACAUAUGUAUGGCUGUGCCGGAGCGCUUUUUUUUUUUUUUACCGUGUUACCGAUUAAAAAGGGUCUACUUUUUGUCUCCGGUGUUCGCGGAGAUGGACCGUUGAGCGACUGAUCGCCGUUAACACCAACGGUCGCGAUGCUAGCCUGUUAGCUUGCUCUUUGACGUUUGCUCCUCUGACACAUAACGUUACCGUUGAGGUUAAACUUCCUAAUUGUUUCGAUUUUUUUGUUUGUUUUUUUUUAAUUUACCGACCAACCUAGAUUAACUCUACCGGGUGACAUUAUUAUUAUUAUUAUUUUUGCUACGUUAGGUUAAGCUGACUACUUUAGAAGUGGCGUUACGGCUUGGCAUAAAUUAGUUAAGCUAAUUAACGUUAGCUCAAAAGGCAAUGGAUGCACACAGAGUAACGUUACAUUAGUUACCGUAGUUACAGUAGUUACCGUGGUUACAUUAGUUACCGUAGUUACCAUGACAGUGACUAACAGGCACAGCUUGCUUUGUUAGACAGCAGUUAAGAGGCAAUACAUGUUUGUGGUAUUAAGCUGUUUGUUAUUACACUAAAGGACAAACUAGCGUUACUUUAUUUCGUUACCUGCAGGUUUGGGUAUAACCUCAGUUAUAAAGUUAACAUAAAACAGCUUUUUCUUCACGUUUAAAUAUAUAUUAUAAUAUAGCUUUUUUUUUUUUUUUUUUCUUGAUAGGUUUAUUAGAAACUUUUUAACCACUACCUCACCAGGUGGGAAAGAGGACACUAUGGGGUAUUUAAGGCAAUUUUUUGCUAGUGUCAGCAAAUCGGUUUACCCCAACGUAGGUUGUUUUUAAGGCGAAAAUGUGUUAAGCUACGGCAGGAGAGUUGGUACAUUUUCCCCCCAGAACAGCCUCGUCGAGUGUAGCCAGAUAAUGCGUCUUUCCUCCUUUUUGGCCGUGUUCAGGCCUGCUUUACCCCUCAUCCUCGGGCUGUCAUUGGGAUGUAGUCUGAGCCUUUUGAUGGUGUCCUGGACACAAGGGGACACCGAUGACUCCUGCAGAGACGAGCUGGGAAAUGGGAGGCUUUUCCCGGGCAGAGGGGAUGCCCAGAGAGACCCAAGGGACGGAGCUGGAGGUGAAGACUACGAGCCACAUAUCGUGCCCUAUCACAAAGACCCAAAUAAGCCACACAAGAAAGUCCUCAGAACUCGAUAUAUUCACACUGAACUGGGCAUCAGAGAGCGCCUGCUGGUGGGUGUACUGACCUCUCGGGCCACCCUCAACACGCUGGCCGUGGCGGUGAAUCGCACAGUUGCCCACCACUUCCACCGCACCUUUUUCUUCACAGGCCUGCGCAGCCCCAAAGUGCCUCACGGCAUGACUGUGGUUGCCCACGGCGACGACCGUCCAGUGUGGCUCAUGUACGAGACGGUGCGUCAUCUCCAUCAGCACUACGGCUCAGACUACGAUUGGUUCCUCUUAGCCCAGGAUGACACGUACAUGCAAGCAGAUCGUCUGUCAGAGCUGGUGGGCCACCUCAGUGCGGGUCAGGACCUGUACAUGGGCAGGGCGGAGGAGUUUAUCGGUGGAGAGGAGAAGGCACGCUACUGCCACGGGGGGUAUGGCUAUCUGCUGUCCCGCAGUCUGUUGGCCCGUCUGCAGCCCCACCUCGACACCUGUCGUAAUGACAUCCUCAGUGUGAGACCUGAUGAGUGGCUGGGCCGCUGCAUUAUUGACUACUUGGGUCUCAGCUGUGUGGAGGUGCACCAGGAGAUGACCUAUCGUUACUUUGAGCUCGGGAAAAACGCAGAUCCAGAGCGUGAAGACAGCGUACAGUUUAAAAAUGCCUUUACAGUCCAUCCUAUAUCGGAGCCAAACCUCAUGUACCGCCUACACAAACGCUUCAGUCAGAUCGAGCUGGAGUGGACUUACCUACAGAUUCAACAGCUGCAGAUGCAGAUCAACAACCUGAGCGAUCUCACGCCGGAGGGUAAGGCUGGCGUCACGUGGCCUAUAGGAAUCAACCCUCCCUUUAAGCCAAGAACCCGUUUUGAGGUUAUAAACUGGGAGUACUUUACUGAAGAGCAUAUUUACUCGUGCGUUGACAGCUCCCCGAAGUGUGAGAUGAAAGGGGCCGACCGCGCGGAUGUAAACGCGGUACUGGAGAUUGCGGUGGAGCGUCUAAAUGAACGCUACCAGCCCCAGCUACGCUUCCGCAAACGGCGUCUGCUCAACGGUUACCGGCGCUUUGAUCCCACACGUGGUAUGGAGUAUGUGCUGGACCUAGCGCUGGAGGCCUACACCCAGAAAGGUCACAGUCAAGUCAUCGCCAAACGGGUUAACCUGCUGCGACCUCUAAGUGCAGUUGAGAUUAUCCCCAUGCCCUAUGUGACAGAGGCAACACGGGUGCAGGUCAUCCUACCUGUCACUGCCCAGGAUCAGGACUUUGUUGGUAACUUCCUCGACAUGUACGUGAUGAACACUUUGGACACCCAUGAUAAUGUUUUACUCACCUUCCUGUUCAUCUAUGAUCCCUUUGACGCACAGCGGGUCAGCCAGACAGAUGUGUUUGCUGGCAUUAAGGCCAUGAUUGGGGAGGUGGAGAAGCGCUACGGAGACGUGAAGAUCCCUUGGAUCAGCGUGAAGACGGAGGUGCCCUCACAGGUCAAGCUGAUGGACAUCAUCUCUAAGAAGCACCCGGUGGACACGCUGUUUUUCCUGGCCAGCGUGUGGACAGAGGUCAACGCUGACUUCCUGAACCGCUGCAGAAUGAACGCCAUCAGCAACUGGCAGGUCUUCUUCCCCAUCCACUUCCAAGAGUACAGUCCUGCCAUCGUCUACCGCGACCAGCAGCCCUCCGCAGCCUCCUCCUCUUUUGCUUCGGAGUCGCUGCGAGACGGCCACUUCGACCGCCACGUCUUCGACGAGGCCUGCUUUUACAACGCGGACUACAUGACCGCACGGACCAAGAUGGCAGCUGACAUCCUGGACAACGAGGAGCUGCUGGAAAGCAUGGACGUGUACGACAUAUUUGUCCGUUACUCGGGGCUGCACGUGUUCAGAGCUGUAGAGCCGGCGCUGAUCCAGAAAUACGUGCGGCGAGCGUGCAACCCGCGGUUCAGUGAGGAUAUCUACCACCGCUGUGUCCUCAGCAACCUGGAGGGUCUGGGGUCACGCUCACACCUGGCCAUGGCUCUUUUUGAACAAGAGCAGGCCAACAGCACCUAAAGGUCUGAGAGUGUUGAGGCCUCAAACACACAGUACUGCCCGGACUGAAGGAUGUGGAAUCCUGUGAAUCGUUAUAUGGUACUUUGUGUGAUCCAUACACUGAAAUUCUCACUUUUUUUGCAUUUGGCAGAGAGAGGUCAGGAUAAGGAACAGAACCAUGUAGCUUACUGACACCUCGACAGAGCAAUUAAGUGCUGAUGCAUAAAGUCCUAGUUGUAUCCUCCAGCUGUAUUCUCUGCUCAGUACCUAUGAGUAUGUCUGACGUAUGAGUCGAGGAUGUGUCCUCACAUGCGACUCGCUGAACUUGGACUACUUGUAUUUCUGCCACUGACAUAUUCUCACAGAAGUUGAGCAACAAUAUUUAUACUGUUGUUGUUGUUGUUGUUGUUAUGCUGUCGUGUCUUGAACAAAGGCCUUUAUUGUUAAUUAAAUGAGAAAAAUCUUGAGCCAUAAGUCUCCCUUAGUGGAGAUGUUAAGAUAAUACUGGAAACGUGCUGAAGCCGUUUGCUGCCUUUUCUUUAGGUUUUUAAAAAAAAAAAAAGGUAUUAAAGAGUGAUAUUUCUGCUCCUCA